CGGGGCGCGGCGUCCAGGCGGCGGCGGCGGCUGCGGCGGCGGCGGCUCCUCAGAGUCCGGCUCAGGCUCCGGCUGCGGCUCCAGCCCGCGAUGCCCCAUUCCGUGACCCUGCGCGGGCCUUCGCCCUGGGGCUUCCGCCUGGUGGGCGGCCGGGACUUCAGCGCGCCCCUCACCAUCUCACGGGUCCAUGCUGGCAGCAAGGCUGCAUUGGCUGCCCUGUGCCCAGGAGACCUGAUCCAGGCCAUCAAUGGUGAGAGCACAGAGCUCAUGACACACCUGGAGGCACAGAACCGCAUCAAGGGCUGCCACGAUCACCUCACACUGUCUGUGAGCAGGCCUGAGGGCAGGAGCUGGCCCAGUGCCCCUGAUGACAGCAAGGCUCAGGCACACAGGAUCCACAUCGACCCUGAGAUCCAGGACGGCAGCCCAACAACCAGCAGGCGGCCCUCAGGCACCGGGACUGGGCCAGAAGAUGGCAGACCAAGCCUGGGAUCUCCAUAUGGACAACCCCCUCGCUUUCCAGUCCCUCACAAUGGCAGCAGCGAGGCCACCCUGCCAGCCCAGAUGAGCACCCUGCAUGUGUCUCCACCCCCCAGCGCUGACCCAGCCAGAGGCCUCCCGCGGAGCCGGGACUGCAGAGUCGACCUGGGCUCCGAGGUGUACAGGAUGCUGCGGGAGCCGGCCGAGCCCGUGGCCGCGGAGCCCAAGCAGUCAGGCUCCUUCCGCUACUUGCAGGGCAUGCUAGAGGCCGGCGAGGGCGGGGAUUGGCCCGGGCCUGGCGGCCCUCGGAACCUCAAGCCCACGGCCAGCAAGCUGGGCGCUCCGCUGAGCGGCCUGCAGGGGCUGCCCGAGUGCACGCGCUGCGGCCACGGUAUCGUGGGCACCAUCGUCAAGGCACGGGACAAGCUCUACCAUCCCGAGUGCUUCAUGUGCAGUGACUGCGGCCUGAACCUCAAGCAGCGUGGUUACUUCUUUCUGGACGAGCGGCUCUACUGUGAGAGCCACGCCAAGGCGCGCGUGAAGCCGCCCGAGGGCUACGACGUGGUGGCGGUGUACCCCAAUGCCAAGGUGGAACUCGUCUGAGCUGGGACCCUGCUCCCACCCCUGCUUCUUAAGGUCCCUGCUCGGCCGGUGUAAAUAUGUUUCACCCUGUCCCUCUAAUAAAGCUCCUCUGCUCCACCUUGAACCUGUCACCUGGCCUGCCACCCUCCUGCACAGGCCAUGCAUGGCUCCCGAGUACAGUAGCAUCUGCUCAGGUGCCAGGCAUGUCCUAGGCUCUGGGUGCAGUAGUGAGCAGGACGGGCACCAUGCUGCCCUGAAGGGGGCCACAGCCUGGGUGGAAGGCAGACCUGAAUCACAACGGGCCAGCUCUAGUAAUACGAAGGUGAGGUCUGGGAUGCUGCGUGUGGCGCGACGACAGGAGGUAUGACCUGGGUGGGGUCAGGGAAGGUGUUAGCUGAGAACUAAGAGAUGAGGGAGGCACAAACUCUGCACGGGGGAACUGUGUGUGCAAAGGUGAGCUGGGGGCGAGAAAGGCCUCUGUGGCCGUCAUCGGCACUAGCGGGUUGGGGGUGGUGGCGGGGUGCUGGCAGCCUCAGGAGCGAUCGCUCCCCUGGAGAGGGUGAUUGAGUGUGGAGAUCUCCGGGGCCGCCGCGGGCCGUCUGCACUUCUGUUCCAGGUUUUUCUGGCAUUUUCUGUUCCAGGUUUCUUCCACCCACGAGCACUUUAUUCUCCUCCGAGACCCCCUUUUCUUCCCCUUCCUCUCUCUCCCACCAGGGGGCGCGCUUAAAUUUCCAGACAGAGACCAGAAGGAAGGUUUAGAAAGAAAAGAACACUUGCCCAGGGCAGCUUUGCCCUCCAAGAGGCUCCCUCCUGUCUCUAAGUCAAUUCCACCCCUCCUCGAAGUCCCGGCUUCCACCCCUCUCCUCAGAGUCCCGGCGUUUACCUCGUGGUGGGUUUGCCUUGGGCCUUUCAUGCCCCGGCUGCACACAUCGUCUGUGAAUUGUGGCUGUUCACUCCCGAGGAUGUGUCCUAGACUCCGGGUCGCGUGGAUCUACCCUCUAGUUUACUUGCUCGGGACAAGAAACUGACUCGUUUUAUUUAGUGCCUAUUUAGCGAGCCCAGAGUAACGUACAUUUGUGCUGUUUUCAAUUUUGUGCUAUCGCAAAUCACAAACUGUUAUCAAUUCACAUUCAUCAUCAGCACGAGACAGUACCCAUUUCCUUGUGCUCCUGCCAGCUCAGGAUAUUAUGUUUCUUUUUUCAUUUUUGCCAGUCUGUUAAGUAAAAUGUCAUAUGCGUUUGUUUUAA